AUGCCUCCCAGAACGAAUACCCGGAGAGUCCGGUCCGGAUCGUCGCAGAAUCUAGCCGGCGCCGGGCCUAGGGCGCAUACUGGCCCGUAUGAAAAGCUCAUCAAUCGAAUGUACGAGCCGCUCAAGCUCUUACACGCCCUCGAUCCCGUCCGCGGCGGACACACGGCAUCUGCCACCCUGCCCUCUCCAAUCACAACACAGCACAUCCGCCGGCAGUUUCGCGAUGAUCUUGCAUUUUUGUGCGAGCACGACAAGGGAGGCGAUGCGUGCACUGCGCUGGGCAUUGAAGAACGGGAGGACUGCCUGGUGUACUGGGUCGCGGCCAACACGAAUCCACAGAACAAAAUCGUGCCCUUCUUGGCAGACCUAAUGCGCCGUCUGGUGGCCGUGCUCAAGGACGUCCAUGCUGCUGUCAGUUCGGGCAACAGCAGCACCGCCCUCUUGGAGACAGCUUCUAAAGAGAUCACCGCAUACUGCACAGCCUACGCACUGUCCAAGAUCAAAAAGAUAUGCGCACUGCUGCGCAAAGCCAUCGACAACUGCACAACGAGUUUGGCGGGCGGUACUUUUUCCGGGCAAGAAAAGGCUCUCGCCGGGUGGCUGCAGCGCGUCAGUCAGUCGACUGACGCGCUCGGUGCUGUCGGUGCCGGUCUAGACUUGUGCCGUCUGGCGUACGACAAGCGCAAAUCGGCCGAGAUGCAGACACUCAAGGCGCUUGCACAGAUGCAGCAGGACCAGCCGCAUUCGGCGCAAUCGCCCCUCCAGUGCUUUUCCAAGGCAUACCAUUACAUAGGUCGCCUGGCAGACCACAUCCGUGUCCCGGCCCGGCUUGUCGGCAGUGUGAUGGAUGUCGAGGACUUGUUACUCAAUCCAUUCCACAUUCAAGCGCUGCCGGUUGUUGAUAGUGCCCCAUACCGGCCUCUCCCACGUCCAUCUGGGGCUGGUCCUGCCACACACCGCUCGCUUCUGGAAAGCAUUGCCGUGCGCAUGUGCAGAAGCGACGACACGGAGCUGCUCGCCGAGCUCACAGCCGGCCUCCAGGAGCUGGAGCAGAAGCACCAGCUCACUCAGCGGAUGCAGCUGGACGACGAAUCGUUCAAAGCACCGCGCGUCCAUGCCGAGGUUCAGGUGCUCGAGCAUUUCCAUGCCCAGCGACUGGUCUGGGCAGACAACGGCGACCGCUACAUUGGCUGCAGCAAGGCCGCCUGCUACUGCUGUCACUUGUACUUCCGGCACCACCCGCUGCGGCCCGUCGUUCCGGACUGCCACAACAAGGUGUAUCUCAAAUGGGGCCCACCGCUGCUGGUGGGCGGUGUCGCCCAUCCGGGCUUCAAAGAGCAGCAGACGCUGCUGAACCGGUUCAUUGAGGACGUGCGCAAGGACGCCAUUGAGCAGAUCCGAGAGCGGCGGGGACGGCGACCGUUUUGGCAGCCGGAUUCAGCGACGGCAAUCACACAGACUGUUGCAGGGGACAACGUCGAUGAUGGAGACAGAGACAACGAUGGGGAUGAUGAGGAUGUUGGCGGCGGGCUAUUGAACAGUCGGUUCGAAGACGGAGUUUUGCAUGAAAGCAGCAAUAGUGGCGAUGGUACGAUAAGCGCAGUGAGCGAGAAGACCUAUAUGUCCGUUGAUGUCAUGAUACGCUCCCUCGUCUCUCUUGAUCUGAACUCGGACCGUUGA